AUUUGAAAUUGAAGCCUUUUGUUUAUCUCCAGCUUUGCAUCAAUCAGUCAGCUGUUUUUUUUAACGAGGAUACGUUCCUCAUUCGAUAUCCUCAUAUUUUUAUCAGUUUCAUUAGUCCAUUCCCAGUGAUCGAUAUGUUGGAAAAGGUCAAACACAUAAUCUUGGUCCUGUCCGGUAAGGGCGGAGUUGGCAAAUCAACCGUCAGCACACAGUUGGCCCUAACACUAUCAGAAUCAAAAUUUAAGGUCGGAUUGUUGGAUAUCGAUUUGUGCGGUCCCAGUGUUCCGUAUUUGCUGGGCCUGGAGGGUCACGAUGUCCAUCAGUGCGAAGAAGGAUGGGUUCCAGUGUACACGAACGCCGACAAGAACCUUGCCGUCAUGUCCAUAGGAUUUCUGCUGAAAAACCGAACGGAUGCUGUAAUCUGGCGUGGACCAAAGAAAACGGCGAUGAUCAAGCAAUUCCUAGAGGACGUUGCUUGGGAGGAUUUGGACUAUUUGAUUAUCGACACCCCUCCGGGCACUUCUGAUGAACACAUCACUGUGAUGGAAUGUUUGAAGGCCGUUAACGCUGACGGAGCGAUCAUUGUUACGACCCCACAGGAAAUGGCUUUGGAAGAUGUACGCAAGGAAGUGACCUUUUGCAAGAAAACCGGAAUCAACAUCAUCGGAAUUGUGGAGAAUAUGAGUGGGUUUGUGUGUCCAAAUUGCACGGAAUGUACGAAUAUUUUCUCGUCGGGCGGAGGGGUCGCUUUGGCAGAGUUGGCGAAGGUACCUCAUUUGGGUACAUUACCAAUCGAUCCCAGAGUGGGGGCACUUGCUGGUUCCGGGAAGGCUUGUGUGAAGGAACUUCCGGACUGUACGACAUCUAAAAUUCUACAGAGCAUUGCUGAUAAUAUAAGCGCAGAAAAGUCGUAGCAAUAAAAGGUAAGAUAUUUUAUUUCUUAUAA